AGGAUCACCUUAAAACCGUAAAUGAUUCGUGAUACGUUUAUCGCAAAUUUCCCAUUGGAUAUCACAUUCAAAUAAAUAUCCAUAUAUCGAGAAUCGAGGAAUCGCUUAUUAUUCGACAUAUCGUUGUAAUUUUUCUGACGAGACCAUCAUCUCCCGCCAAAACUCACCAAGCUGUCGACGUAAAAUGCUAGUUGUGCACUUUUGCUGAAAAACGCGAUUAAUUAAAGAAUUAAUUAAAGUUUUAGAUUAAUUAAAGAAUUAAUUAAAGUUUUAGAUUGAUUAAAGAAUUAAUUAAAGAAGUAAUGGAUGAUUCUCAGCCAUCUACAUCUGGCAGAUCUAAGCGUCAGAAGGUCGACAAGACUGGCAGGCUCUCGGCUUUGGAAAGAUUGAAAGAGGCUCGAAGCGGUGUCAAACCAAAGUACGAGAUCGAAGAGCUAGAAAACGUGUACGACGAAGUAGACGAGAAAGAAUACAGUAAUACUGUUUUGAAACGUCAGCGAGACGAUUGGAUAGUCGAUGAUGGAGAAAGCGGUUAUGUUGAAGAUGGAAGAGAGAUUUUUGACGAUGAUUUGGAUGAAGAAAGUAUUCAAGAAGCGAGAAAACAGAAGCAUACUAUGGCUGGACCUAGAAAAAGGAAAAAAGAAGAUGGCAGGAAGAAAGGAGACAUUCAAAGUAUGAUUAGGAACAUGCCUUCUAAGAAGAGCACCGAGACUAAGAUUAAAGACGAUGAUAUUUUGGGAGAGUUGCUCAGUGAGAUCACUGGUAGUAAAGGGGCAACAAGUAGUCCCAAACCUGGAAACAAAAACAAAUUUUGUCAUACGGUUCACUCCGGUAUAACACAUAGACCGCAAUCUUCAUCUGCACAUCAAGAAACGGAUGCUAAGAGAAUAUCUGGAUCAUUAGAGGAACAUGAUAAAAGAAAAUUAGAAGAAUCCAAUAUUGCAUGGACUGCACUUCAGGCAACUGAUGAUGAAGAUUUCGCUACAAUAUUUGAUGUUCUACCAGAAAAGAAGAGUGCAAAUAAAACAGGACAGUCAAACGAUAGUGGGCAUUGUCGGGAUAUGAGUGAAAUAAUUGACAAUGAUAUAGAGUUUGUGAAAUCACAAAAGGUCGGUUCGAGCGAACAAGUAGAGCGAGGAAAAGAUAUCGGACGUCUCGAAAUUGCAAGUCGAGAAACUGAUGAUCCUAUGGAGACAGAUAUAUCUCUUACACGAGAACUCGCAUCUGCUUGCUCAAAAGUGGAAAAAGAUGCAAAAGUGGAUCUCAGCGAGUGCGUCGGGGACUUAUCCAGUAUAGAUUUCGACAGUGUGGCCUUCGAUGGCAGUAUGGAUGUUGAUUUUUCAUUGGCGGAAAACAAGGUUAAAGAGAAAAAUGGCUCGGCAGAUGUACAGAAUGCUACGUGCAAAACAUCUGUCAGAACUGCGAAAAUCGGUAACACCGCAGACCUGGCGGAGGUAGCGCCGCAAUUGAUCAAAACGAAGGACGAGGAGGAGGUGUUUAGAUUCUACUAUCUGGACGCGUACGAAAACCCUUACAAGAAUCCUGGGACGGUGUAUCUCUUCGGCAAGACCUAUGUAGCGAGUCAUGAUGUGUACUGUUCGUGUUGUGUCAUGGUGAAUUGCAUACCAAGAAGAAUAUAUCUCUUACCUAGGAAAUAUGUAUGUACAUUUCUGCACAGUGACUGAUUCUUCUUUUCCAGA